CUGUCUUUCUUUCUCCCUUUCUCUUGCUCUCUCUCUCUCUGGUAUGGCCUAUUACCCUGUAGUGACAUCAUCAGUAAGAGCAAAGGUUUGAUGAUUGAGACACAAGUUCAGGCAGAUAAACCUUCUGCAUUUUUAUUAAUGAAUAUUCUCACUUUCUUUUUAGUUGUGACUCCAUUGCCUUUUUCAGCUUUUUCUACUCUUGACAUACAUUCUUUCUAUUGGCUUUUCAGUCUUGUGUGUCUGCUUGGAAAUGUUGUGCAAUACAAGCAUGUUACCAUUAAGUUUAUUAAGUUAUAAUUGUUAUUGUAUUCAUUCUAAAAUGUUUUAUGAUUAUUAUCUUUAUGGUAUUGGCUUUGGUGGCAUAGUUUUACAGUGAUCAAAUACUAAAACUGUAGCAAUGGAUGAGGAAUCAUCACUAUUUGUACCCACACAAGGGCGACACUGACCUUUAUAAAGUGAUUUAAAAACGAAAUGAAAAGAAUGCUAAAUCAUAUUUUAAAGAAAAUGUAAAAAUAUUUUGUGAGGGUCAGGAUUAGGUAUAGGUGUAGGUUUAGGGGAUGUAAUAUAUCAUUACCUCAGCAUUAAAACCAAAGUCAAUGGAAAGAACCCAGCAUGAUCUUGUUUGUGUUUGUCUAUAUUUCUAUAGCUAUGUUUAAAUGUGGACUGUGAAUUAACUACAUUUGCUCUGAGAUUUGAAUGUAACAUUAAUUAAAUGUAACAAUUAAAUAGGUUUAUAAGGUGUCAUUUGAGACCUGUGGAUUGAUGUACCAAACAACUUAAUGAAGGGUUCUUCAGUUUGGGUUCAAAAGUAGUUUGUUGCCAUGAUCACUACUGUCCUUCAGAAUUACUAAAAGCCUGUGAAUUCACAUAAAGGUCUAAUCAUUAACACUCCUGCUCAACUUGAACUUUAACCCCUCUAUCCCACAAUCCCUAAAGAUCAACACCACAAAGAGAAAAAGAGAGGAACUUUGAGAAGACAGAGAGUGAGAAAUAGGGAAAACGUGAGGAAUAGACAGGUUGUUGCAUCGGUGUGGAUUAUCCACAGUGUACCUGAACUACUAUAACAGAAAAAGAGAAUAGACAUUCUAGUAAUGGCUCCUCUGAUGAAAUCCAUUACAUCACUGCAGAUAUGGCUGACAGUUCCUUAGCCUUGAAGAUUGGAAUAGUGGGAUAUGGACAUUUGGGUCAGUUUCUUGUCGAGAGGAUCCAAAGAGAGGGACCCGAGGUGGGGCUGCAGUUGGCAUUUGUUUGGAAUCGAAAUUCGGAUAAACUGAAAGAUUCGGUGCCCGAAGAGCUCAUUAUAAACAACCUCUUAGACAUCACACAGAGGGACACUGAUGUAAUCGUGGAAGUGUGUCAUCCACAGAUAGUAAAAGAGUUUGGGGUCAGAUUUCUUUCUCAUGCUCACUUCCUGAUAGGCAGUCCUUCUGCCCUCUCUGACCCCCAGCUUGAGCAGGAACUCCGCACUGCUGCAAAGCAGCAUGGCAAAACACUUUACGUGCCCAGUGGUGCAUUAUGGGGAGGCCAAGAUAUUCAGAGAAUGAAUGACAAUGGAACAUUGCGUGCUCUUUCCAUUAGAAUGUCUAAGCAUCCCUCUUGUUUCCGGCUGACUGGAGGUCUGCUCUCUGAUUGGACAGAAGGAGAGGGGAGGCGGGUCUUGUACCACGGCUCAGUGGCAGAACUCUGCCCCAUGGCUCCAAACAACGUGAACACCAUGGCAGCUGCGGCCAUAGCUGCAUCAACACUGGGGUUCUGUGGUGUCACCGGAGAAAUCGUCUCAGACACAGCAUUGGCAGACUAUCAUAUUGUGGAGGUUGAGGUAACUGGUCCAGAUGGGUUCUCAGUAAAAACAGUGCGACAGAACCCAGCCAAACUUGGAGCUGUUACAGGAAAUGCAACAUACAAUUCCUUCUGGAGCAGCUUACUAGUAUGCAAGGGUCAUGGAGGGAGGGUGUUUUUGUGCUGAUGACAUUGGACCGCUGCAGAAUGUGUGUAGCUACACACACGAAAUAAGUUGCAUUCAAAUAAAAC